AUGGGACUUCUAGAUGCACAUCUUAAUAUUAAAAUUCUAGUUGAGAUGAUCACAUUUGUUAAGUGUGGCACCCUAAUGGUAUUGUUAUUGAAAAGCAAACUUGAAGAACAAAUUCAGGAAAGCUGCUCAAGUAUGGAGAAAAUUAGAGGAAACUUACAUGGUGUUCACUGUAUCCAGGAUGUUGAGGAUGCUGAUUCAUUGAUACCAGCGAUUUCAAAUUAUUUCCUAGGAGAAAUCACAGAAGUUGAAGUUGUGGAUGGCGGUGGUUAUAUUGGCCUGGAGGUUGUAGCAGCUGCUGUGGGUUGGAAGCUUGAUACAACUUCAAAUUAUUUCCUAGGAGAAAUCACAGAAGUUGAAGUUGUGGAUGGCGGUGGUUAUAUUGGCCAGGAGGUUGUAGCAGCUGCUGUGGGUUGGAAGCUUGAUACAACUUCGGGUUUCCCCAUUGAAAGUUCAGAAGAUGGUUCUGAUGGACAUGUAGCAGCUGUUAAACUCCAAAAUGGAUCACUUAUAGAAACUGCUAUAGUUAUUGGAGCAAAACAUGAUGUUGGACCCUUUGAAAGUGCCGGCUUGAAUGCCACUGUUGGUGGAAUACAGAAAGUAGUGUUGAGUUUAGAUUUACAUGAUGAUAAAGCAAAACAAAAGGCCAUGAAAGCAGUGUCUAGCAUUCCAGGAAUUGAAUCGAUUUCUAUGAGCAUGAAGGAUAAGAAAUUAACGGUGGUUGGCGAUGUUGAUCCAGUUGUGGUGGUCAGCAAACUGAGAAAAUGGUACCCAGAAAUAUUAACAGUUGGGCCAAAGGAAGCAGAAAAGAAAAAAGAUGAAGGUAAGAAGGCUGAGGGAAAGAAAGACGAUGAUAAAAAGAAGGAUCCAAAUGAACAGAUUGCAGACCUUGUGAAGGCCUACAAAGCUUACAAUCCUUACAUGACACAGCACUACCAUGUUUACAGUGCAGAAGAGAAUCCAAAUGCUUGUGUCAUCUGUUAA